CCAGCUUCAUUCGUUCGUGAACAGUGAACAGUCAUUCAAGCUUCAAGCUAAAGCUGAAUUGCAACUAAAAGCUUGUCUCGAGAUUGUUACCAUCAAGAAAUACGUCGUGAAAAAAAGGAAAUCAAGGAAGUACUGAUAGAGAAAGAAGGGUGCGUAUUUCUUUGCAUCGUUCGUCGUCGCCGAAGAAUAUCUCAAAAAUAGCACAUCUGCUUCGGUAGUUAUCAAGUGUUUCCGUCAGGGAAUUCCAAUCCGUUUUGAGGCUAUUUUUAGCAGCAGUAACUAGCAAAAUGCCGAACAUCAAAUUGCAAUCUUCCGACGGUGAAGUUUUCGACACGGAUGUUCAAAUUGCGAAAUGUUCCGGAACCAUCAAAACCAUGCUUGAGGAUUUGGGCAUGGACGAGGGAGAGGAUGAAGUGGUGCCGCUCCCGAAUGUGAACUCGGCAAUCCUCCGGAAGGUGCUCCAGUGGGCCACCUACCACAAGGAUGACCCCGCACCGGCCGAAGACGACGAAAACAAAGAAAAGCGAACCGAUGACAUCAGUUCCUGGGACGCCGAUUUCCUGAAAGUUGAUCAGGGAACUUUGUUCGAACUUAUUCUGGCGGCAAAUUAUUUGGACAUCAAGGGCCUCCUGGACGUUACUUGCAAAACGGUGGCUAACAUGAUCAAGGGCAAAACUCCAGAAGAAAUCCGGAAGACGUUCAACAUCAAGAAUGAUUUCACACCAGCCGAGGAGGAGCAAGUGCGCAAGGAGAACGAAUGGUGUGAGGAGAAGUAAGAUUUUAUUUUGUCAUUUGUUACUACAGAAAAGAGAAAAAAACAAGUGCUAUCGAAACCGCUGUAAAAAAAAUUAAUCAAGUCGAUCUGAAGAGAUUGGUCUUUGCUGCUACACUUCUGGUUUGGUCGCUCCUAAUCAGUAAUUUUUUUUUCAAAAAAUAAAAGAUUUGGUAUCAUUUCCCCAUUAGAAGCAGCAUUAUGCUCAGUCGUACCACGCAAAUUCUAAUAGAUCGCAGUGUUCACUUAAAACAAAACUAAAACCAGUUGUUGAAAUGCACCAAACAACAUAGGAGAUACCGGACACCUAUUUAUUUUUUGUUAGUUUCACCACACUACUCUCAUUUAUUGGAAUUACUUUUCACAAUGUGGAUUCUACAGAGAAAUAAAUUUAAAUCAUAAGUUUCGUCAAAUUAA